AUGUCGUCUGUUACAGGCCCAGCCUCAGACACCAGCCUGUUCUGGACUUACCAAGCAUAUGCAUGUGUGCAGGCCUGUGAAAAGGACUCUCAGUGUGGAGGAGGGACGUGCGGUGCAGUCAGCUUAUGGAUCCACAGCCUGCGUGUGUGCAUGCCUAUGGGACAGGAAGGAGCCGACUGUCACCCUUUGAGCCACAAGGUUCCUUUCUUUGGGAAAAGACUCCAUCACACCUGUCCCUGCCUGCCCAACCUGUCCUGUGUUGCCAUUGGCCAGGGAAAAGCCAAAUGCCUCUCACCUUAUGAGUAUCCAGAAUAUUUCUUCUGAAGAUCAAAAGACCUUGCCUUGUACAUCUUUACUGUAUGACUUUGUGUUGCCAUGAAAACCACCUUCCACUGUUUUUCCAUCCUUCCAUUUUCUUCCGCUUAUCUGGAAGAAAAUGGAAGGGGGUAGCAGCUUAAGAAGGGAUUUAAAGACUUCCCUUUCCCCUGCCACUUUGCCCAGCUCCUCCGUGGAAUCGGAAGUCUUUCCCAGGCCAGCCGUAAACACAGUCCCACCAGAGUGCCCUAGGUCUUCCUCUAGGCCUCCUCCACUGUUUUUGUAUUACCGUAUAUAAAUAGAGGUGUUGAUUCUUCUGGAAGUAAAGCGUUUCAACAAGA